CGCUUCAUAUUUCUCGUAGCAUCAUCGGCAGGAGUGCCAGGAGCGCAAAGAAACGCAACCUACACCCAUCGUGUCCGGGAAGAUCGCCUUCUCUCCUCUCCUACCCGUCAUUUUCCGCCUUGUCCGUCUCGCUUCAAUUUGAAAAUAUUACAAAUCUUCUCCCGCUGCAGUUUUUACUCUAGCAUCUCCUUUUUGUGAUCUUAGAUUCUCAUUGCCGUCCAGGACGAAGUUUGUAUUGUAUUCUUGAGCAACGGGUCAGAUUACAGACUACAGUCCCAUUCAACAAAUAUAUACUAUCUUAUGGAACAGGCAUUUAGCUGCGGGCUAUACUUUUUGUCUCAAAUGUUGGCAAGUAUGUACCCUACUUUCUGACAGGUUUUUUUGUAAAUGGCGAAAGUUAACAAGGUGCGAUGCAGAUUUGAUUCUCGACGUCAGAAGGUGACCCCUUAUCUGUCACCUUCUUGCGAUCGUAAGGCUAAUAAAGAUGGACGCUCAAAGAAAAAAUGUUCCAAAACUUCAGAGACGAGAGCGUGGGAUGAUGUAACAUGUUCGGUUUGUCUGGAGUAUCCUCAUCAUGCUGUGCUCCUUCUUUGUUCCUCUUACAACAAGGGUUGCCGCCCUUACAUGUGCGCCACCAGCCGUCGUUUUUCCAAUUGUCUCGAUCAAUACAAGAAAGCCUAUCCAAAAGUAAGUGAAUUUGCUGAACAGUUGAGUGGGUUCGUGGACGUUCCUGAACUUUUGUGCCCCCUUUGUCGGGGGCAGGUGAAAGGUUGGACAGUGGUGGAACCAGCUCGAAAGUAUUUUAAUGCCAAGAAAAGAAGCUGCAUGCAGGACAAUUGCUCGUUUGUUGGAACUUUUAAAGCGCUCAGGAAGCAUGUUAAGGCAAAGCACCCAUUGGCACGACCCCGGGCUGUGGACCCUGUACGUGAAGAAAAGUGGAAGAAGCUUGAAUGUGAGAGGGAGAGGAGUGAUGUAAUCAGCACAAUUAUGUCAUCAACACCGGGAGCAGUGGUGCUAGGGGAUUUUGUGCUUGAACCAGGCUAUCAUGGCAUGUAUGGAGACUAUGAUUCAGAUGACUCUUUGGACGAUGGGUUUGACCCUCUUGAAUCCUUUGAGCGAGGAUGUAAUGGUGGUUCAAACUCACGUAAUAGGUAUCAAGUGGACCAUGACUCGUUUGAUGAGGAUGAUUUUGGGAUACGACGUGCUAUGGCAGCUGGUUCUGCAGCUGCAUCUCGUCGUGCUUUUCAGAGGAUAUUUAUUGGAGGAACAAGGAGGCGGAGGAGGCACAGAGGAGGUAACAGAGAUCAUUAACUUAUGUCACUAAUAUUAGAAAAUAGGGUGUGGGUGGGAGCACUGGGCCCGGGUGCUAUAUGAUUGGUAUCUUUUCAUUUGUUUGCUAUUGCCAUGACAUUUUCACCACAUUAUGAGGUUACUAGCUCAUUGUGUAACCUCUUUGUGGUGUAAUGUGAAUGAUAAUUAGAUUAGCAAUUUCAAUGGACUUAAAAGGAAAGCUGUUUCAGAGGGCAUUGCCCUUGAUUGUUUAGGUAUUAGUUUUGGGGAGCGAGGGAGGGGUAUUAGUGAUCAAUUACCUCAGAUGGGGAUUUACUGUGAUUUGAACAGUGGAUUAUAGUGAUGAGCAAAUUCUUUUAAUAAUGUCAGUGUCGAAGUUAAAUCCAAACCCCCAUCCCCAACAUAAGAAGAAAGAGGAAUAACUGCCUCUCUUUUUCUUAUGGAUCAUGAUUAUGCUGA